AUGCUCUCAUGACACCUCCAAGAAGCCUGCCAAAGCCUGCAUGGCGCACAGGGUGCUUUGCUCCCAUCUAGGCUGAGAGGCUGUCGGAUGUUUCACUCACAGCAGGAGCCCAGCGUUGGUUUUGCAGUGCACCCAGGAACAAAGCUGGGCAGGUGGCUGCGGCCCCAGCCCGCUGGAUCCUGGAGGGCGCAGGACGUGGGGUGGCUGGGGAAGGAAACUUGCCAAGAGCAAAGUGCAAGAGCAAGUAUAAGGCCCAAACCCCCACCCAGGAGCCCAGCCCAGCCUCCCGGAGAGGAACUUCCCAUCGCCGCAGCCAGACGGAGGAAGCCGGGGCUGAACGACACAGCGCCUCUCCCGCCCCGCAGCACAGCAUGGGGCAGCUGCCGCCGCCAGGCAGCUAGAGCAGCCGCUGAGCCGAUCGAGGAGCUGGCCAUGCCCAUGGGGCCGUGCAGGAAGAAGGACUCCCGGCGCCCCGGCCCCGCCGCGCCCCCGCUGCCCUGGGCGCUGCUGAUCGCCCUGGUUGGGGCCGGGGUCGUCGUGUGCCAGCCGCACUACACCCUGCCCGUGCCCAUCGACAACAUCGCGGCGAGCGGGGACAGCCUCCUGCUGGCGGGCGGCAACUGCCUCUACAAGCUGCACCCGUCCCUGAGCCUGCUGCACCAGGUGCACGCGGCGGGGGCGCAGGACUGCGCGCAGCCGGCGGGCACCCACAACAAGCUGCUGCUGCCCGACCUGGAGGGCGGCCGCCUGCUCACCGGCUGGACCCUGUACGGCGGCAGCUGCCAGGUGCGGUUCCUGGGCAACCUGACGGUGCUGACCAACCAGACCGAGGUGGUGAGCUGCCUGCCGCAAGGCUCCACCACCGGGGUGCUCUUCGCGCCGCAGCCCGGCCGCCGCUUGCUGGCGCUGGCCGCCGCCUACUCGCUGUCCAAGCAGUCCGACUCCGAUCUGAGGUGCGUUCCCUCGGUCUCGGACGCCAACACAGUGCUCACCAUGCGCAGCCUGCCGGAGAUGAGCCUGACCGGGGGGGAUUCAGCGACGCUGAAGCGCCCCGCCGAAGGGCCCCCACUACACUUCGUGGACGCCUUCCUGUGGGGCGAGCACCUCUUCUUCCCCUACUACCCCUUACCCCUGGCGGGCCACCAGGCGGCGGCGCAUCCCAGCGUGGCCGUGCUGAAGAAGGACCUCUCAGUCCCCAGGUGCUUAAGCGAGCUGCGCCUGGACUGCGGCGUCCGCAGCACCCUGCUCUCCUCCAGCCUCCUGGAGCAGGCGGGCUUGUGGGCCGGGGUCUUCAGCGCCGAGCCGGGCGAGCGGCGCUGGGACUCCACAGCGCUCUGCAUCUUCGACAUGCAGCAGAUGGCCGAGAAGUGGAACAGCAGCAGUUGCAGCUCUUCAGGCGAAAUCAAUGGAAACCGCCAUUCUCAAGAACUGUUAUCACCGGUCAAAAAGUCACCAACCUUGAUCCAUUCUGAUUUAUCAGCUGUUUAUGCUACUAUAGUUUUGAACAAGACAGUUUUGUUUUUGGGAACAAAAGAUGGACAGUUACUGAAGACUAUUCUUAACGACAAUAUGGAACCAAACUGCCCAGAGAUUUUGUAUGAAAUUGAAGAAGAAUCUUCUGUUUUUCCCAAACUUGUACUUGACCCAGUGGAUAGUGACUACAUAUAUCUGGCAUUUGCUAACGAGGUGAGAAGAAUACAGGUUGCAAACUGCAAUAAAUAUGGUUCCUGUAAAGAAUGUUUAUCUGCAAAGGAUCCACACUGUGGAUGGUGUCAUUUAAGCAAAAGGUGCACUUUAAAAGGAAAUUGUUCACAUUCAAAUAACUCAAGGGACUGGGUUAACAUUUCACAUGAAGCUGAUAAAUGCCUUACAAUCCAGAUACGUCUCACUGGUAGAAACGAGAUUGUUGUGACUGCAAUUGGAGAUUUUUCAGCGGUCUCCAAAGGACACUUUGUUUGUAUUGUGAAAGAGACAAAAACCAACCAAGUACUUUGUGAAAAGGAAGAGCCACAAAUCAUGAACUGUUCUUGCAAUCUAAAUAAUUCAGCACUAAUCAACAGGGCUGUUCAAGUGACACUCAUCUCUGAUUCUUGGAAUUUGUCAAAAACAUUUCAGUUGAAAAAUUGCUCAAGAUGUAUCAGCACUCGUGUUUGUGCCUUCUGUGAAAGAAAGCAUAUCUCUCCCUUUGUUGCCUGCAAGCCUGAUGAUUCUGGGCAAGUUCAGGAUGAUUGUCAUCCGAUUGAUAAACAAGGGGAUGUGCCAGCAACUACUGCUUCCCAAAUGAAAGCUACUACACAGAUGUCAGAGCCUAUCUGCAAUAUUUCCAUAGAACCUUUAUGGAUAUCAGUGUUAGGUAAAAGAGACGUGAUAAUCAAAGGAGCAAACUUUACAGGAGCGUCAAACAUUGCAGUGGUGUUGACUGGAACCAGUAGCUGCAAACAAGACAACAUACAAGUCAGCAAGGUGUUAAAUGACACACACGUGAGAGUCUCUCUCCCACCUAGACGCAAAGAGGCCAAGAGUGUAUGCAUAAAGGCCAAUGGGCGUAAAUGUUCACCACCAAUCACAGUAUAUUAUGUCUCUGAGCCAUCAUGUACUAAAAUGGAGCCAACCACCACUUGGGCCAGUGGCGGUCGCAAAAUAACCCUCUUUGGGAGAAAUUUUAAUGUGACAGACAGUGUCAUUAUUUCAGAUGACCAGAGAUUAAAAUUUACUGUCUCUGGAUGUCCUGGAAGUACUUCUCCAUGUAGUUUCCUAACACCAGAUGUUAGCCUUUCAAAAGAGUGUAAAUUUAUUAAUGUGUCACUAAAAGUGGAAACUGUCCUUAUACCUUGUAUUGAAUUACAAUAUUGUCCUGACCCUAUAUUUAUUGACUAUCAACUGCAUACUGAGAUGGACCCAGAUCUGGAAUUAAAAUUAUAUAAAAAAAAUGACUUCUUAGAUAUUUCUGAAAAUGAGAUUGGUGUCACUCUCACUCACAUGAUGAAUGAUAUACGUUUGGAACCUAUCAUCUUCAUUGUUCAUAAUAUUACCAAAACCGGAGAUCGUACUACUAUACUGUGCAAAGUCAAAAUGGAAAAACCAGGCAAGAUUGAGUUAUCCACUGUGAAAGUUUGGGUCACAUUAGGAAACUUUUCGCAGGAAGUUCAAAAGCAAUCAUCGCACAAGUAUUUUUAUGUUCUGUCUUUGCUGCCUAUCUUAUUACUGGGUGUAAUUGUUGUGGCAAUCAUAGUAACUAGAUACAAAUCCAAACAAUUAACCCGUAAACUGAGUCAACAAAUUGAACUGUUAGAAUGGGAAAUUCGGAAAAAAAUACGUGAUGGAUUUGCAGAACUACAGAUGGAUCAAUUAGAUGUGGUGGAUAGUUUUGGAACUGUUCCCUUCCUCGACUACAAACAUUUUGCUCUUAGAACUUUCUUCCCAGAGUCAGGCAGCUUUGCAUCCAUUUUCAUUGAAGACAUGCACACUAAUGUGUCACGGAGCAGAGACCCCAGGCAAAAGGACGAAAGCCUCACCAUGUUGCAUGCUUUAAUUUGUAACAAGGAUUUUCUUGUUACUCUCAUUCACACCCUUGAAAAACAGAAAAAUUUCUCUGUGAAAGACAGGUGCUUGUUUGCAUCCUUCUUGACUAUUGCACUACAAAGUAAACUAGUCUACCUAACCCAUAUUCUAGAAGUCUUGACCAAGGACUUGAUGGAGCAGUCUAGCAAUACGCAACCUAAGCUCAUGCUAAGACGCACAGAAUCUGUCGUAGAAAAACUGCUGACAAAUUGGAUGUCUGUUUGCCUUUCUGGUUUUCUUCGGGAGACAGUUGGAGAACCAUUCUAUAAGCUUGUGACUGCCCUCAAUCAGAGGAUAAACAAAGGGCCGGUAGACGUAAUAACUUGCAAAGCCCUGUAUACACUAAAUGAAGACUGGCUUCUGUGGCAAGUGACCGAAUUCAAACCAGUGGCACUGAAUGUCUUCUUUGAAAAAAUCCCAGAAAAUGAGAGUGCAGAUACCUGUCUUGAUAUCGAAGCUAAUGUUCUGGAUUGUGAUACCAUAGAGCAAGCCAAAGAGAAGAUCUUUCAAGCAUUUCUAAACAAGAAUGGCUCUCUUUAUGGUCUUCAGCUCAGUGAAAUUGGUCUUGAACUUCAGUCUGGUGCACACCAAAAAGAACUGUUAGAUAUAGAUGGUUCCUCUGUGAUUCUGGACGAUGGGAUAACAAAGCUAAACACCAUAGGUCACUAUGAGAUUUCAGAUGGAGCAACUAUAAAAGUCUUUAAAAAGAAAACUAAUUUCACAUCAGAUGUGGAAUACUCUAACAAACACUGUCAUUUGAUUUUACCUGACUCUGAAGAGCCACAGGGAGCAAUGCACAAAGGAAAGCAAAAAUUUGAAGUGAAAGAAAUGUAUCUGACAAAGCUGCUGUCUACCAAGGUUGCAAUUCAUUUAGUUGUUGAAAACCUCUUUAAAAGCAUUUGGAGUUUACCCAACAAUAAAGCCCCAGUUGCCAUCAAAUACUUUUUUGACUUUUUGGAUGCUCAGGCUGAAAGUAAAAAAAUUACAGAUCCUGAUGUGGUCCAUAUAUGGAAAACCAACAGUCUUCCUCUUCGCUUCUGGGUGAAUAUAUUGAAGAACCCUCAGUUUGUCUUUGAUAUUAAGAAGACACCACAUAUAGAUGGCUGUUUGUCAGUAAUUGCACAAGCUUUCAUGGAUGCCUUUUCUCUAACAGAACAGCACCUGGGAAAGGAUGCACCAACAAAUAAACUUCUCUAUGCUAAGGAUAUUCCACUCUACAAGGAGGAGGUGAAAGCUUACUAUAAAGCAAUCAGGGAUUUGCCUCUAUUGCCCUCAGAGGUAGAAGAAUUUUUAACUCAGGAAUCUAAGAAACAUGAAAAUGAAUUAAAUGAGGACAUGGCCUUGACUGAAAUCUACAAAUACAUAGCAAGAUAUUAUGAUGAAAUUCGAAGUAAAUUAGAGAGAGAACGGGGGCUAGAAGAUGCCCAGAAAGAUCUCCUGCAUAUAAAAGCCUUAUUUGAUGAAAAGAAAAAAUGCAAGUGGAUGUGACCAGAGCACACGGGCCCAGGACUGUAAUCUGGUGAAGUUUUAAACUAGAGGUGCUGGUACCAAACUAGUGUUUUGGCUGGUUAUGUGUAUUUGUUUUUUAACCAUUUGGGUAUUGUUCUCCAUUAUGACCAUUUAAAGUGUAGGGCAUAAACAACA